GGGGGGUGGGGUGGGGAGGGGAGGGGGGGUGAAAGAAGAUUGCAAUCGUCAUGCCAGUCCCAGAGACCGAGGUCUACUUGUACGAGAAGGUGAUCAUAUCCAUUUCUUGCUGCUGCUCGUUCCUGGGCUCGACCCUGAUCAUCGCCACUCACGGUCUGUGGCCUGAUUUAAGGACCAAACCUCGGCAGCUACUCGUUUAUCUCUCGGUGGCUGACUUGCUCUCGGCGGUGUCCUAUCUGUACGGGGUGUUGAGGGACUUUGACAGCUCCUCUUGGGACUGCGUCUUGCAAGGCGCCUUGUCCACCUUCGCCAACACCAGCUCCUUUUUCUGGACUGUGGCCAUCGCCAUUUACUUGUACAUCAUCAUUGUGAGGUCUGACCAGCACCUGGCCGGGAGCUUGUGUGUGUUGUUCCACGCCGUUAGUUGGUCGGUGCCUCUCGUCAUCACUGUUGCUGCCGUCAGCCUGAGGAAGAUAGGUUACGAUGCAUCCGAUGUGUCCGUGGGCUGGUGUUGGGUCAGUAUCCUGGCAGAAGACCACUUCUUGUGGAUGUUGCUGACAGGCAAAAUCUGGGAGUUCAUUGCCUACAUCACCCUGCCAAUUCUAUACAUCCGCAUUAAGAAACACAUCAACCGAGCGCACGAAGCUUUAUCGGAGUAUCGCCCCAUCUUAUCCAGCAGUUCCAGCUACCACAGCAGAUCUUCAAGCGCAGACCUUAAGCUCACCCUCAUCCCCAUCAUAUUCAUCUUGCUGCGGAUAUGGAGUACUGUGAGGUUCAUCCUGACCUUGUGUGGCUCUCCUGUCGUGGAGAAUAGAUUGCUGGUGACGCUACACGGAGUCGGAAACACCUUCCAAGGAGCUGCAAACUGUAUCAUGUUCAUACUUUGCACCAAGCCCAUUCGCCUGCGCCUGAUCUCCUCUCUGUGCAGCUUCUGCAGGAACGAGGAUGACAAGAGCAUGGAAAGCGAGUCUAAGAUCACCAGCCGUCAGGCGAGCACCUCACUGCCUUCACCCUUUGUAACUGAAGAAUAACUAGUCCUUGAACCACAGAGAGACAGCUUCAAACCAGUGUCAAGUGAUAUGAACGUGCCUGAAGCAGCAGUUCUUGAACUUUGUUUUUUGUUUGGUAAUCGAAACUUGUUUUAUUGAGUGGUUGGUUCUGGUAUAAAGUGAAGAUAAGGGAGUUUCAGCGAUUUUGAUCCCAUCCCGCUUUCUGCUGUACCACCUGGAGAGCAAUUUAAAUGAACAUCCUUUUACAGCCAAAGUCGGGGACGGAGGGAGGCGGAUGUUUCUAAGAUGUGUGUUCUGUAAUGUAUUGCUACACGUAGUGCCUUCUAUAAAUGGUGCAGCUGUUUCUUUCCUGAUGGGGUGCAAAUCACAACGCAGUGUGAAAUUUGGAUCAUGGUCAAUCCAGGUCUUUAUUUCUUGACUGGUCCACGCGUAUGAGCCCUCCCUCAACACACUAUAUAUUGUUACAGUGACUGGUCCCACACCUGCUAUGUUACCCAUUAGUUUUGCCAACUCAGCUGUGCGAGUUAGUAGGAUACAUGGUACUCUUAUUUGUUUCUUUAGCUAAUCAGCUUUUCUGCUAACCAGCCUGAGGGCCAGAAGGCUAACUAACGGGGAUGUCAGACCUAACCAUGAUAAGUGGCCCAAUCAGACAAAUGUAUUUGAAAGUCUGCAUUUUUCUUUUAACAUCAACAGGUUGGAAUUUUCACCUUGUAUUCCAUUCUGUUUAGAAACCUCUUCCAAAAGACACAGAAUUUUAAUAAUAAUAAUCCUUGGAUUUAGUAUAGUGCCUUAUCACGAC